AUGCUGCAGAGCGUUGAUAACGAAAGGCCGUUGUACACAAGCCAAGUUCUUGCUAUGAUGAUGAGUCUCGUUGCGGCGAUCAACUGGAUGCUGAUGUAUUUUCUCGACGUGCCUGAAGCACCCCUUGGAAGAAACGACAUCUGGCCCCAUUUGACAGUUCGGGGUGUUGCAGGAGCUUUCGGUAUCUGGGGGUUUUAUUACUCCCUCCGCUACCUGCCAGUAUCUGAGGCGACGAUAUUGAACUUCCUCUCGCCCAUGGUCGCCGCGUGUUCGUCUAGCCUGCUCAACAAUGUGCCAUUCACUCUUGGUCAACAGCUAGCAAGUCUGAUAUCCAUCCUGGGGGCUGUGCUUGUUUCUCAGCCAUGGCAGUACUCCAUCAGGAGCCCACCCGGUGGUCUCGGAGAAGGUAUGAGUAGAGACGGUGCCUGCCAGAAUUGUACCGCGCAUGGCCAGCUUUCAUCAGGAUUUUCCUUUUCCUCUGAACGCAGUACUGCAAUCUGGGCAGCCCUGGUGGGAGUAGCGGGAGGUUCAGCCGCCUUUGUGGCAAUGGCAGCAAUCGGCAAACGCGCCCACCCGACAGUGACAGUCAAUCACUUUGCUGUAUGGACUGUGAUCCUAACUUCCCUGGAUUUGGCAUGUCUGGGCACAGAGACUUUGAGGCCGCCAACGCUGACAGAGUGCGGCCUGCUGGUAUUCAUGGGCAUAUUUGGCUUGCUCCUCCACCUGUUGAUUGCGGCGAGCUUGCGAGAUCGGGAUAGCAACCGGGCCUUGAGCAUCGUUUAUAUCCAGAUAGCGUUUACCCUACUCCUGGAUAAGCUCGUAUGGGACUUGAGCCCGAGCUGGGUAAGCUUGCUUGGAGGUAUUUUGAUUGUCGGGAGCGCCAUCACAGUGGCAGCUACGGGAGACCAGAUGACGAUUGAUAAAAGUUUUCGAGAUGUAAACUAA